CGAGCUUGCGUCGGGGCGCGCGGGCCCCGAAAUUCCAGGGCCGGGGGAGGGCGCCGAUGUCCCCAAAGUCCCGGACACGGGGAUGGGGGGCCGGAGGAGCCAUGAAGUUCCAGGUCUUGCUGGGGCGCAGCGGCCCCUAAGUUCUGGAGCUUGGGUCGGCGAGGGGACAGUGCGAAGGGUUCCCAAAGUUCCGCGUCCGGCGUCGCAGGAGGCUGCGAAGAGGCCGAACCAGCAGCUCCUGCCACCCCUCUGGCAGCCCCUUGGAGCUCACCCAGCCCAGCUUGACCAAUGUCCACAGCCAGGGAGCAGCCCAUCUUCAGCACACGGGCACACGUGUUCCAGAUCGACCCGGCCACCAAGCGGAACUGGAUCCCUGCUGGCAAGCACGCGCUCACUGUCUCCUACUUCUAUGAUGCCACCCGCAAUGUCUACCGAAUCAUCAGCAUCGGGGGUGCCAAGGCCAUUAUCAACAGCACUGUCACUCCCAACAUGACCUUUACCAAAACCUCCCAGAAGUUCGGGCAGUGGGCAGAUAGUCGCGCCAACACUGUGUAUGGCCUUGGCUUUGCUUCUGAGCAGCAUCUGACCCAGUUUGCUGAGAAGUUCCAGGAGGUGAAGGAAGCAGCAAGACUGGCAAGGGAGAAAUCUCAGGAUGGGGGGGAGCUCACCAGUCCAGCCCUGGGGCUCACUGCCCACCAGGUGCCCCCAAGUCCCCUCGUCAGCGCCAAUGGCCCCGGAGACGAGAAACUGUUCCGCAGUCAGAGCGCCGACGCCCCUGGCCCCACAGAGCGCGAGAGGCUCAAGAAGAUGCUGUCAGAGGGCUCGGUGGGCGAGGUGCAGUGGGAGGCCGAGUUCUUUGCGCUUCAGGACAGCAACAACAAGUUGGCAGGCGCCUUACGAGAGGCCAAUGCCGCCGCCGCCCAAUGGAGGCAGCAGCUGGAGGCCCAGCGUGCAGAGGCUGAGCGGCUGCGGCAGCGGGUGGCUGAGCUGGAGGCCCAGGCAGCCAUGGAGCCACCCCCAGUCAGCGAGAAGGAGGGGCCUGGCCAGGCGCUGGAGCAACUGGAGGCCCUAGUGCAAACCAAGGACCAAGAGAUCCAGACGCUGAAGAGCCAGGCUGGUGGGCCCCGCGAGGCCCCUGACACAGUGGAGCACGAGGAGACACAGCAGAAGGUGCAGGACCUGGAGACUCGCAACACGGAGUUGGAGCACCAGCUGCGGGCAACAGAGCGCAGCCUGGAAGAGGCACGGGCUGAGCGGGAGAGGGCGCGGGCUGAGGUGGGCCGGGCUGCACAGCUGCUGGACGUCAGGCUGUUCGAGCUGAGCGAGCUUCGUGAGGGCCUGGCCCGCCUGGCUGAAGGAACCCCCUGAGCCUUGAGCCCUGCCACUGGUCCACAUGGGAGGUGGGCCUGUGGGAGGGGGUUUUACAUGAAUGCUUCCCGCCUGGAGCGCGGGCCGGCCGCAGGCGGCACAGCAGGCCCUUUGCCCUGGCAGGGACGGGGCCAACUCAGCCUAGGGAGGGCCUGGUCACUCACAGCUCAGAGGCUGUUUGGGGCUUUUCGUUGAGUAGGAUUUCUAGACUCUGGGGCGCGUGCUGGUGCCCAGAUUACAUUUCUAAGCGUG